AUGCCCUUGAGGACGGAACCAGAAUUCUGGAAGACUUGGAAGGAGUUUGAGCUGACUCAUGGAAAUGAAGAUACGCUGAGAGAGAUGCUGCGGAUCAAGAGAAGCGUUCAGGCUACUUACAACACAAAAGUCAGCUUUAUGGCCAGUCAUUUGGCUGCUACUCAAGAGCAAGCUAAGGAUCCAAUGCAAGCAAUGGAAUCCGCUGUAACUGCAGAAGAGACUUCAAAAGUGGCAGGUGGCAAACACCCUCUAAUUAUCUUCAAAUCAGCUGGUGUGGUCCAUCAACCAGGUAGCAAUGCUGGCCGUGACGGCAGUAAAGCUUUAAAUGGCUCCGCUGCUGCCAAUAGCAACCCCGAAGCUAUCAAUAUCGAUCUUCCUAUGGAUGACGAUGACGACGGGGAUAUUGACAAUGUUGCUCCUGAAGAUGACGAGGGCAUGGAAGAUGAAGAAGCCAAGGUUAUCGAAGAUGUAGAUGAAGAAGCGAAUUCUCGUAAGUAG